AUGUCUGUUAUUCCUCCUGUUGGUACCCCCGUGGGGCUUGAGAUCCCUGCGAAGGACGUGGCUCGCGGAGCUGCAUUCUACAAGGCGGUCUUCAACUGGACCUUUGCUAUUUCCACCAUGGGGUUCCCCGCGCACAAGCUCCAAACCUUUGAAGUCCCUGGUGGCAUUAUGCCCAUCGGAGGUGCCAUGCGCCUGGUGGAAGAAAUCCCAACCGGCACGGGCGCCACAAAAUUAUAUCUCUAUGUCAAUGACAUCGUUGCUGCCCUUGAGGCCAUUGAAAAGAACGGAGGCAAGAAGGCGAGCGAGGUUAUCCCCGAAGGCGACAAGGGGCUGUUCCAGUACUUUGAAGAUAGUGAGGGCAACAACUUUGCCAUCUACACUUACAACAAGUGA